GGCUGCGUCCCCGGAGCGGCGCGGACCAUGCUGCUGGACGCCGGCCCGCAGUUCCCGGCCCUCGGAGUGGGCACCUUCGCCCGGCACCACCACUCGGCCGCGGCGGAGAUGCAGGACCGGGAGCUGAGCCUGGCGGCGCAGAACAGCUUCGUGGACUCGGCGGCGGCGCACAUGGGCGCCUUCAAGCUCAACGCCGGCGCCCACGACCUCUCCCCCGGGCAGAGCUCGGCGUUCACCUCGCAGGCGCCCGGUUACCCUGCCGCCGCCCUGGGCCCCCACGCCGCUCACGUCGGUUCCUACUCCGGGACGCCGUUCAACUCUACCCGGGACUUCUUGUUUCGCAGCCGGGGCUUCGGGGACUCGUCGCCGGCCGGCGGGCAGCACGGCAUCUUCGGCCCUGCGGCCGGCAGCCUGCACCACCCGCACACGGACGCUCAGAGCCACCUCCUCUUCCCGGGCAUCCACGACCAGCACGGUCCCCACGCCUCCCAAAAUGUUCUCAACGGGCAGAUGCGAUUGGGCUUGCCGGGGGAGGUAUUCGCCCGGUCGGAUCAGUACCGCCAGGUUUCCAGCCCCAGGACUGACCCUUACUCGGCGGCUCAGCUGCACAACCAGUACGGCCCCAUGAAUAUGAAUAUGGGCAUGAACAUGGCAGCCCACCACCACCACCACCCAGGUGCCUUUUUCCGCUACAUGCGGCAGCAGUGCAUCAAGCAAGAGCUCAUCUGCAAGUGGAUCGAUCCCGAACAGCUGAACAACCCCAAAAAAAGUUGCAAUAAAACUUUCAGCACCAUGCACGAGUUGGUCACCCACGUCUCGGUGGAGCACGUUGGGGGACCCGAGCAGAGCAACCAUGUCUGCUACUGGGAGGAGUGUCCCCGCGAAGGCAAACCUUUCAAAGCGAAAUACAAACUGGUCAAUCAUAUCCGAGUGCACACGGGAGAGAAACCUUUCCCCUGCCCCUUCCCUGGCUGCGGAAAAGUUUUCGCCAGAUCAGAAAAUCUCAAAAUUCACAAAAGGACGCACACAGGGGAGAAGCCCUUCCAGUGCGAGUUCGAGGGCUGCGACCGGCGCUUCGCCAACAGCAGCGACCGCAAGAAGCACAUGCACGUCCACACCUCGGACAAGCCCUACCUGUGCAAGAUGUGCGACAAGUCCUACACGCAUCCCAGCUCCCUGCGGAAGCACAUGAAGGUGCACGAGUCGUCCCCGCAAGGCUCCGAAUCCUCCCCGGCCGCCAGCUCCGGCUACGAGUCCUCCACCCCCCCGGGGCUGGUGUCCCCUAGCGCCGAGUCGCAGAGCACCAACAACCUCUCCCCUGCGGCGGCGGCGGCGGCGGCGGCAGCGGCGGCGGCCGUGUCCGCCGUGCACCGGGGCGGCGGCGGCGGCGGCAGCGGCGGCGGCGGCGGCGGCCACAGCGGCCUUUCCUCCAACUUCAACGAGUGGUACGUGUAG